UGUGUGUGUGUGUGUGCAGGUGCCGUGGAGGCUGAGCCUGAAGAAGAUGAUUUGAUUCAGUGGAAGAGACACAUAGAGCAGGUGAAGGCGGAGCUUCUGGAGCAGAUGCAGGCGUCAGUCAGCGACCUCCUGGACAAGGCCAUCUCCGAGUCCCUGCAGUCACACCCCCGCCAUGGCCGCCUCGUCGCCGGGGGCGACAGCCUGGCCAAGGGAAAGUCCAGGAGAACUGACAAAAUGGAAGACAGAAAGGUGUUUAUGAACAGAAGAUCAAUACUGGACGAGCUGUUUGAGAUCAACCACAUCCGGACCAUCUACCACAUGUUCAUCGCUGCUCUGUUCCUCUUCAUCUUCAGCACCUUGGCGGUGGACUACAUCGAUCAGGGCAGGCUUGUGCUGGAGUUCGACCUCCUGUCCUACGCGUUUGGGAAGCUCUCCACUGUGCUGUGGGCCUGGCUGCUCAUGUUCAGCUACACGCUGGCCGGACCGUACCAUGUCCUGGGCACCUGGGGGGGACUCUACCACUCCAGCCGCUUCAAAGGGGUGCUUACGGCGGGGGCCGGGCUAGUGCUGGCGGCCAUGCAGACGUGCAUUCUGGGUGUUUUCCCCAUUUACACGGUCAUUCACCACCAGCUGCCCCCCGCCUCACGAUUCAUCAUCAUUCUGGAGCAGAUCCGCUUCCUGAUGAAAAGCUAUUCAUUUAUCCGGGAGAAUGUUCCAGAAGUCAUACACAAGACAAAACAGGGUAAUACAGGGACAUCUCCCAGAUUGCCCACAUUCUCCAGCUAUUUGUACUUUCUCUUCUGCCCGACGCUGAUCUACAGGGAGUCCUACCCCAGGAACCCCUACAUAAGGUGGAACUAUGUUGGAGUGACCUUUGCUCAGAUCCUGGGCUGUCUGUUCUAUGCAUACUUCAUCCUGGUGAGGCUUUGCAUUCCUGUCUUCAUGAACGAGAACAGCCAGCCCUUCAGCACUCGAACCCUGGUCCUCGCGCUGUUCCACUCCACCCUCCCAGGAAUGCUGAUCCUGCUGCUCGCCUUCUUCGCCUUCCUGCACUGCUGGCUCAACGCCUUCGCUGAGAUGCUGCGCUUCGCCGACAGGAUGUUCUACAAGGAUUGGUGGAACUCCACUUCCUUCGCUAAUUACUACAGGACCUGGAAUGUGGUGGUCCAUGACUGGCUGUACUCCUACGCGUAUCAAGACUUCCUCUGGCUGUCCAGGCGCAAGUCUCGAACGGCAGCCAUGUUGUCCGUGUUCGUCGUGUCCGCGGUGGUGCACGAGUACGUCUUCACCGUCUGCUUCGGGUUCUUCUACCCGGUGAUGUUCUGCCUCUUCGCCGUCAUUGGGGUGGUGUUCAACUUCACCCUGAACGACAAGCGCAAAAGUCCCGUCUGGAACAUCAUCAUGUGGAUCUGCCUGUUCAUUGGCCAGGGCAUCCAGGUGUGUCUCUACUGCCAGGAGUGGUACGCCCAGAAACACUGCCCCCCCACUGGGAAAAGUGUUUGGGAGCUGGUGAUUCCCCGUUCCUGGUCCUGCAGCUACCAGCGGUGAUCUCCUUCUCACCAUGGCCACCAGGGGGAGCCGCUCAGCCGAUCAGCCGA